UUUCGUCUUCACCCCCAAUCUUCCCUGUAUAAAACAAAGGCUUCAUCAUACCUUCUAAAACCUCUUCUCUUCCCCUUUUCAAUUCAAUUCCAUCUUCGUAUGGAUGUUGUAGAUUGAUGUCUCCUGUUCUCUGUGAAAUCCUCCGUUCCGGUUUUAUGAUCAAUUCCUCCCUAAUCCGCCGCGCCCAUCUUGUUCAAUCCUUCUCUGUCGUCUUCCUCUACUGGUUCUACGUUUUUUCAGAAAUUAACUUCCAUUCUCCGCUAGAUCCCACCACUUAAUCGCCAUUUUUUUACAUACUUUCUUAAAUCUAUAUCUAUAUAACUUCAAUCCAUGGCUUCUUCAAGUGGAAACUCAUCUGGGAUCCACCACUCUGGAUCUGAAGACGGCUUGACGGAUCAAAGGAAGAGGAAGAGAAUGGAAUCCAAUCGCGAAUCGGCUCGGAGAUCAAGGAUGAGGAAGCAACAGCAGCUGAAUGAUCUAUUGGCUCAAGCCAACCAGCUGAAGAAAGAUAACUCACAGAUCUUGAAUACAAUCGACGUUACUACACAGCGAUUUGUUCAGAUCGAAGCCGAUAACUCAGUAUUGAGGGCUCAGGUCAGUGAGCUAAGCCAGAGACUAGAUUCUCUUAACGAAAUCAUCAAUUUCAUCAACGCAAAUACCAAUUGUACAACCAAUCAAUUCACCAAUGACUUUGAUUUCGUGGAGAAUCCAUGGAACAUGAUGUAUUUUAACCAUAACCAACAACCUCUUAUGGCUUCUGCUGCUGAUAUGUUUGGGUACUAGUGAUCGUAGCAUGAUUCAAGGUCCAAUGCUUUGUUGGGUUGUACGUUUAUGAAUUAGGGUUUGUGGGAUUGUACGUUUUAUGGGCUAUGAUUGCCAUCUUUCAACUAUUGGAACCAGAAAUCAAUGUUUGUUGUUAUUUGCCACGAUUUUCGAGAUAUAUUUGUUGUAGAGCUGCUUUUAUCAAGAUUCAUCGGUUUUAGCAAA